AUGGAUCCGGCAUCGGUAAUGUCGCUGACGGGGGCGUGCCUGACGAUUCUGGUGCGGACGGUGCGCGAGAUCAACGAGCUGGUGGGCAAGAUGUCGAACAUGGAGCAGAAGGUCAACCUGAUCGUGGCGCGGCUCAACACCAUCUCGGCGACCAUGUCGCAGCUGGAGCUGUGGAUGCGCACGCACGACGUGUCGAGGAUAGCCGAGGACCUGGCGGGCGCCAUCCGCUCGUGCACCCUCGUCGUCGGCGAGAUCGAGAGCUACGUCAAGAGCGUCAAGGGCGGCUGGCUGAGCGGCCGUAUCCGCUACCUCUGGGACGAAGGCCAGUUCCUGCAGUACCAGAGCGCUCUCGACAGCCAGGUCGCCGCCCUGGGGCUCUUCCUGAACGUCAUCUUGCUAAACUCCAAUACGCAGCGUCAAGUCAUCCUCGGGAGUUCGGCCAGCCGGCGCGCGCUCCAGGAAGCCCGGGACCAAGCUUCCAUCUGCAGCAAUGGUGCCCGCCGGCGCGCUCGCGCUGGCAGCAUCCAGGAGUCUUCGGGCAGCAGCAGUAUCACGGCCACCACGACCACAACCGCAAGCAGCAAUAGCAGAGACGACGGCGGCCGCAGCGAGGAGUCGUUCGCCUUCGACAAUGAGCUCAUCGAUUCUGAAACGUACCGCGCCGCUUUCCGCCGCAUGAUGACGCUGUCGCCGACGACGCAGCGGGAUCCUGGCGCUCCGGAGCGGCCGGAGGAGAGCGAGCAAGGGACGAAGAAGAGCAAGAAGAAGGUCCGGAUAGGAAGUGAGAGCUCGGCAGACAGCAGCACGACAGGGAGUUCACCGUGGUCGCGGCGCAGGAGCACGCUGUCAUCACGCAGUUCUUGGUCGAUGCGCUCGUCGAUGUCCUCUUCGUCGUCGUCGUCGAACUCUGCCCGAGAGCUAUGCCUGGCCGCGUCGAGGGGGGAUGUCCAGGAAGUCGAGAAGCUGCUGACCGGCAAUCCGCCAGUUGAUGCGAAUGCUCGGUGCAAACUGGACGUGGAUGAGAAACAGAAGGGCCGCGUUUUCCUCCCGGCGAGCAGCAAGCUGGAGCGCACAGCAAUGCACCAUGCCGCCGCCAACGGCCACGCCGAAGUCGUGCUCCUGCUCGCCCGACACGGCGCCCACGUGGCUACCCGCACCAAGCACGGCAAGACGCCGCUACACGUCGCCAGGAGCGCAGCCGUAGCCGCACUGCUCUCGCUAGGCGCCGACCCCCUCUGCCGCGACGACGCCAGCGCCACGCCACUCCACCACCUCGCAGCAGCCUCCCCCUCCCCCGAAGCCAGCGACGACGGAGCCACCGCCAUCAGUGCUCUCAUCGCUGCAGACCCUCUCACCGUCGAUGCCACCAACAAGCGGAGACAGACGCCCCUCCACCUGGCCUCGCAGCACAACAACACGGCAGCCGCCUCGGCCUUGAUAGCAGCCCGCGCCUACGUCGACGCCGCCGACACUGACGGCCUGCGCCCGCUGCACUACGCCGCCGACCACGGUCACCCCGCCAUCAUCCACCUCCUCCUCAGCGCUCAAGCUGACCCGGAGGCCCCGGCCGGCAAGGACAUGUGGCGGCCACUGCACCACGCCGCCCACCGCGGCCACGCCGACGCCAUCGCUGCCCUCCUCGCACCGCGACCACCACCACCAUCGCCGUCGUCGGCGGCGGCGGCUUCACCAUCAUCACCUCUCUCCCCACUCGUAUCAUCGCCCCUCUCCCGCGCCGCCACCCUCGCCCUCGCCCCAAGCAGGGGCAGUGGCAGCGGAGCCGCAGCAACCGUCGACGCUCCGGCCGCCGACCAGCGCCGCCCCCUCCACCUCGCCAUCAGCGCCAAUUCCCCCGCUGCCGUAGCCGCCCUCCUCACCGCCGGCGCCGACGUCGAGGCCCAGACGUCAUCGUCGACCUCGACCCGCCGUGGAAGCAGUGAGACCCCGCUCCAACUCGCCCUAGCCCGCCUACAGCAACAAGACGCAAAGAGCACCACAGCCGUCGUCGAAAUCAUCCACCACCUCCUCCACCACAACGCCUCCCCCACCCGCGUCCCCGGCCUCCUCGCCACCGCCUGCGCCGCGCCCGCUCCCGCGCCCGUCGUGCUGGACGUCGUGCGGGCGUUGCUAGCGCACGGGGCCGACCCCAACGAAGGCGGUUCAGAAGAAGCGACGACGCUUACUCCACUAUCAGCAGCCUGCGCGCGGCCCGCCGACGCGCUCGACGUCGUGCGGCUGCUCGUCGCGCACGGCGCAACGCCGCGCCACCAGGAUUUCUGCGCGGCGUGGCGCAACGGCCGGCUGCGGACGUGGGAGAAGCGCGCGCUGCACGCGGCUAUGGGGGAGGUGGCGGGCGCGGAGCUGCGGAGGGAUGAGGUGGAGUGGUUGAUUGUUUCGAGGUGA